UGGUACGAAUUCGAUUAUUUCCGAUUUGUUAGGGCUUGUUCAGAACUUCAGAGAGAGGCGAGUGAGAGAGAUUCAGAGAUGGGGGGAGGCCAUGGAGAGAGCACGACGUACAAGGGCUUCACGGUGCAUCAACCAAAGCGCUGGCACACCCUCACCGGGAAGGGCCUCUGCGCUGUAAUGUGGUUUUGGGUGCUGUAUAGGGCCAAGCAAGAUGGUCCUGUAGUAUUGGGUUGGCGGCAUCCUUGGGAGGGCCACGAUGAUCAUUCUCAUAGCCACGGGCAUGACCAGCACUGAGGAGCUGAAAGAAGAGGACAAAGAGUUUUGUUGAUGGGUUCUUGGCACAAAUGUCAUCUCAACUUCGUUUAUUUCUGUUUCAAUAAAGUGAUUGUGAAGAAAAGAUUGUGUGAACAUGAUAUGUAAUGAACAGAAAACUCCGAUUGAGCAUGUUAGUCUGUUAGCAUGAAUAUCACUCGGUUUUUUAUUUGUAAUAUAUUUCGGAGCAUCAGUGGCUCUCAUGCUUUAUUCCA